AUGGACCAGGUCUCGACGGAGCCCUCACAAACCGCUAUUGUUUUUCCGGCCGAUCUGCCGCCAGAGGUCGAGGCCGUCCUCUCCAAGCAUGCAGUGGUGUUCCAAUUGCCCAAUGGCCUGCCACCGGUGCGCCAAUUAGACCAUCGUAUCCACCUCUUGCCAAACUCCAGGCCGGUGAACGUGCGACCGUACAGAUAUCCGUAUUUUCAGAAAACUGAAAUAGAGAAGCAGGUUAAGGAGAUGCUGGAUCAGGGUGUUAUUCAACGCAGUCAGAGCCCUUUUUCCUCCCUAGUUUUGUUGGUGCGCAAAAAGGAUGGAACAUUUCGGUUCUGUAUUGAUUGCAGGGCAUUGAACAAGGCUACAGUGCCGGAUCACUUUCCAAUCCCGAAGGCAGACGAGCUAUUUGAUGAAUUAGGUGCAGCUCGCUUCUUCACUAAGAUGGAUCUCCGGUCAGGGUAUCACCAGAUUAGCAUGCACGACGCAGAUACUUACAAACGGCGUUUCGCACCUAUGAUCAUAAUGAUUGACUAUUUGGGGCACUUAAUCACCGAAGGCAAGCUCAAGGCCGACCCUGCCAAGAUUGAGGCGAUGGUCGCCUGGCCCACGCUGGGCACCGUGAAACAGCUCCAUGGAUUCCUGGGCCUCACCAGUUAUUAUCGGCGUUUUAUCGCCCACUAUGCGGUUAUUGCGGCUCCUCUCACCGACCUGCUUAAACAUGCAUCUGAUUUCGGGGUUGGGGCCGUCCUUAUGCAAAACGGGCAUCCCCUUGCUUAUUUCAGUAAGAAACUAGGACCGCAGCGCAAAAGUGCUUCCACUUAUCACAAGGAGCUUUAUGCGAUAGUUAAGAAGCACGGCGCUGCCAACCGGGUGGCUGAUGCGUUAUCACGCAGAGAUGAGGAUGUAGCAGCAGAUGCAGAUUUAUUGACGGCUCUCGCCCAGCCUAUGCCGGACAUUGUACAAUUGUUGAAAGAGGAAACUGCUACAGCGCCAGAAUUGUGCGAUUUGAGGAAGCAGAUUGAUGAUGGAUCGGCACACCCCAAGUUUUCAGUGGCUGAUGGGUUGAUAUAUUGGGAACGCCGCAUUGUGGUGGCUAAGGAUUCUCCUCUGCGAGAAGCUCUCUUGUACGAACAUCAUAGUACCCCUCAAGUCGGUCAUCCGGGGUUUGAGAGCACGCUCCGUCGCUUGAAUGCUUUCUUCCAUUGA